AGGAUACCGUCACAUGAAAAGGAAGGAAAAAAGGUCUGUGUGAUUUUUCUUUUUCUUGUUGUUCUUCGUCUGCGCUUGCGGUUUGAGUUCAAAGUCAUAAGAAGACAAGGCACACGCUUGGGAAUCCUCCACCGUCCACUAAUCCCGAAUUCCGACACGUGCAGAUUAUCGGUGCCUUACUUAUUCGCCACGUGGCCUUUUCACAAAACUAUCGUUUUUGGCCUCGAAGACAAGAGUGAAGAAGUGCGUGAGUGUUAACCAGAAGAUAUCAAUCAGUAGAGAAGACAAGGGUUCUCAUACUCUCUGGGAAGUGAAACCCUCUUCAUGACGGAAAUAAAUAUUGCAAGGUGUCGUCUCGAGACACAGGGAUUAUUCUUUUCCAAUAUUUCCAGAACAAUAGGAUGGGAAAACACUCAGAAACCUCCAUAUAAUGUGGCUGCCCUGAGGUCAAAGUGGGACUUUCACAGAUUGGCUUCUUCCUAUCAAGCUUUUACUGCAGUAUAUCCAAGAAGGCCUUUUUUCUGUAGAACACAUUCUAUGCAGAUUAGUUUAGAGGAAUCCGCAUCAUUAAAAUCUGGAGAUAAUUCUAGUGAGGCUGAGGAUCCAUCUACAGACUCACAAGCGGAGACUUCAGCACAACCACUUACCAGUGAACAGAUAAUGUCACUGCUUGCUGAUACUGAAAGAGCAAAACUCACUAAGAAGCUUAGUGAAGCCAACCAGCAAAAUCGGUUCCUCAAAAGACAGUUGCAUAUAAAGGAGGAUGCAUUGGUAAAAUUUAAAAGUGAACUUGCUGUUAUGGAGCUUGAAGUUCAGGCUUUGGCCAGACUAGCAGAAGAAAUAGCUCAAUGUGGUAUUCCAGAAGGUUCAAGGAAGAUCAAUGGAAAGUACAUUCAUUCCCACCUUGUUGCUAGAUUAGAAGCUGUACAUGAAAAAUUGAACGAACAAAUAAAGGAUGUUGAUGCGGCCCAAUCGAAGGAGGUUUCUGUGUUUUGGUUUGGCAUGGCUGAGAGCGUGCAAGUUAUGGGCACCUUUGAUGGUUGGAGCCAAGGGGAGCACCUUUCACCUGAAUAUACUGGUUCUUACACAAGGUUCUCAACAACAUUGAUGCUUAGGCCAGGAAGGUAUGAAAUCAAAUUCUUAGUAGAUGGUGAAUGGCAGCUAUCACCAGAGUUCCCCAUUAUUGGUGAAGGGUUAACGAAAAAUAACUUGUUAGUGGUUGAGUGAGUGAUCUGUCUUUUCAAUCCUGACCACUCUUAUAUGUAGUUAUUUUCUCAAAUUUAUUUAAAUUUUCUUUUUGAUUUGGCUAUAGGCAACUUUAUCCUAAGUUUCUUUCUUAUUCCGCAAUUAUAAUGUUUCAUUUCUGGCACAAUGUUUUUUUUUAAAAA